AUGACGUCUAGAAAAAGGCGUCUGCCCUCCACAGAUGUAAAAGGCACCAGCAAAUCGAAGCGAGGAAAAUUUACUUUGGACCACUGUGAAAAACCAGAUACUUCUAUCAGUGGUAUAGUUCUAGUAACAGGAGCUGGAGAUGUUGGUCAAUUAGGCCUUGGCCCUGAUAUACUAGAAAAGAGCCGACCUGCAUUUGUGAAACUUGACCAUAAAAUUGUAGACAUUUGUGCUGGGGGUAUGCACACUGUAUGUUUGACCAAGGAGGGCAAGGUUAUUACAUUUGGGUGUAAUGAUGAGGGGGCAUUAGGGAGGGUUACUGAGGGUAAGGAGGAUGCAGAAUUUGAACCAGGAGAAGUGGACUUGCCAGGGAAGGUGGUGCAGAUUUCAGCAGGAGACUCUCAUACAGCAGCUCUGUUAGAGGAUGGGCGCGUGUUUGCCUGGGGUACAUUUAGGGAUUCUCAUGGAGUAAUGGGCUUGACACCAUCUGGUAAUCAACGCGCUCCAUACGAAAUUAUCAGAGAGCAGAAAAUAAUGAAGAUCGCCUCUGGAGCCGACCAUAUCGUUCUCCUGAACAACCACGGAGAAGUUUACACUUGCGGGUGUGCAGAACAGGGCCAAUUGGGCAGGACUUCAGAGCGAUUCAGUGACAGAAGCUACAGACGGAAUGGUGGAGUGAGCGGUAAGGAGCAACUAGAUGUACUCCUACUGCCUAGAAAAAUACGACUAAAUCCUUACUCAAAACUCCAUUUUGAGAACAUCUGGGCAUCUACUUAUGGAACAUUCUGCAAGGUAGCAGAUACAGACCAAGUAUAUGUGUUUGGACUGAACAAUUUUCAUCAAAUAGGUUUGAAAAAUUUGGUGCCACAGUUCACACCCACACUGUCAAAGGAGUUUUCCAAAUACAAAUGGAAAAUGAUAACUGGAGGACAGCACCAUACAAUAGCUUUAGAUACAGAUGGUAAAGUAUAUGCUAUUGGUAGAAGAGAAUAUGGAAGAUUAGGUUUGGGAAAAGAUUGCGAAGAUGCGACAGUACUGAAGGUAGUCGAGGAACUGAGUGAGAAGAAGGUUAUAAAUGUAGCUAGUGGGAGCGCCACGUCAUUUGCGGUUACAAGAGAAGGGGAGCUGUAUUCAUGGGGUAUGGGUACCAACGGCCAACUAGGAACAGGGGAAGAAGACGAUUGCGAAUCACCUGCUUUGAUAAAGAGCAAGCAGCUAGAAGGCAGAAAAGCGGUAAGAUGCAGCAGUGGUGGACAACAUAGCGUUUUUUUAGCUGUGAAUGUUGUAAAUAACAACAAGGGUGACGGCGAUUGAUUCAACGAGAACUGUUUAGUCUGUUUAAUCCUAUUUAGUAAAGUUACAGUUGCAUAUUGUGUUAAAUCUUUAAUAAUGAGGUGCGCCAUCACGUUGAUUUUCAAUUUCAAAUAGUUUGUUAGUGGAUUAUUUGUAUUAUAAUAAAGACCAUCAAGUAUUUUUUAGUUCAAUUCACUACUUGUAUAGAAUAUUAUGAUUGAUGAGAGCAUUUUUUGCGAAUAAGUGCCAUUGGUAAUGUUAAAUCUACUGGUAUAAUUAUGACUUAUACAUAAUUAAGGAGUCCUUAUUCAGAUUGUAUCGUAUUUUUAGUACAGUUUUUGUUAUUGUUUGGUUUAUGUGAAGUAAAAUAUAAAUAAGUAUUUAAUGAAUUGCGUGUAAUAACAAAUUGGAAUAAACUGACUUUCUAUGAG